AUCGAGGCUACAAUUGCCCUUAGUGAAAGUGGUGCGGCCGGCGAGUUAAAGGUUGUUUAAGGAAAACGGGAAUAAAAAAAGAUGUUUUCGACAUUAGCGAAACGGUCGAUGGCUUCGGUUUAUGGAUUGGCUUACAGAAAUUUUGCCACCACAUCCAAGAAUAAUUUCAAGGUGGCUGUGUUAGGUGCCAGUGGUGGAAUUGGUCAGCCCCUGUCUCUGCUGUUAAAAGAGAGCCCCCUUGUUUCUCAGUUGGCACUUUAUGAUAUUGCAAAUACACCGGGUGUUGCAGCAGACCUGAGUCACAUAAAUUCUAAAGCUAAAGUUACCGGUCAUCUCGGACCAGACCAGUUGCCAGAAUGUCUUCAAAACUGUAAUGUGGUCGUCAUACCUGCAGGAGUUCCCAGAAAACCCGGAAUGACUAGAGACGAUCUGUUUAAUACUAAUGCCUCGAUUGUUCGGGAUCUGGCGGAUGCCUGUGCCCGUACUUGCCCAAAAGCCAUGAUUUGUAUAAUUGCUAAUCCCGUGAAUUCCACAGUACCCAUCACCACCGAAGUGUUCAAGAAACACAAUGCUUAUGAUCCCAAUAGAAUAUUUGGCGUAACAACUCUGGAUGUAGUCAGAGCCAAUGCUUUUGUAGCAGAAGCAAAAUCAUUAGAUCCUGCUCAAGUUAAUGUACCAGUAAUAGGAGGACAUUCGGGAAUCACGAUCAUUCCUUUACUUUCUCAAGCGACUCCGUCGGUUUCGUUUCCGGCCGACCAGUUGGAUGCUCUCACAAAAAGAAUACAAGAAGCCGGAACCGAAGUGGUCAAAGCUAAAGCUGGAACGGGUUCGGCAACUCUUUCGAUGGCAUUUGCCGGAGCAAGAUUCACAUUUUCUCUGCUUAAUGCAAUGAGCGGAAAACAAGGAGUCGUCGAAUGUUCGUACGUCAAAUCCGAAGAAACCGAAGCAUCUUACUUUUCGACUCCGAUCUUGUUAGGACCAAACGGCGUGGCCAAGAAUCUGGGAGUGGGUAAACUGUCGUCCUACGAAUCCGACCUGCUGAAGGCGGCGAUUCCGGAACUGAAAGGAAACAUCAAGAAGGGAGAAGACUUCGUGAAAGGUUGACGGGCGUAAUGGGUGGAAGGAAACCGCCACGGCGCGGUAACUGUACAAAAUAGAAACAUUAAACGGACAGUAGAAUUUA